CUGGAAACUAUGUUGAGCCUGCAAACAACCUUCUAGAAAAGUAUCAUCAAUUAGGCUGCAACAAAAUCUACUCUCGAGUCUCUCAUCUGGACUUCUUCCCUGACAACUGCAGUGCAGUGAGUGAUGAGCACGAUCAUUUCUUAAUAUGACCCUGGAGAGACAUCGGAAGAGCCACUGAGGGGACUCCAGGUCAUGCCCUAUCUGGCUAACACAGCUAAUCUUCAGCUGGCUGGAUUUGCUAUUGUGACCAUGGGCUGGGUUUUAGGUUGUAUUUCAACUGGACUUGUGCAAUGGAGAGUGUGGCACGUGGAAAAUACCACUAUCAUUACCUCUGGCAUUGCUUGGAUAGGCAUCUGGAGAGCUUGCUUCUUUAGUCAAACCCUAGUAUCCACAAACCUACGGACAAUGUACUGUCACGAAUUCAGUGCAAUGGAUUCUUUUCUACCAUAUGAGAUAUUUUUUGCUCAAGGUCUAAUGGUGACAGCUAUCAUUCUUGGGGCGGCAGGAAAAGCUUUGUGUAUGUUUGCGCUGAAAAACGUAUAUCAAAAUUCAUCUAAUUUAUCAUUGACGACGCGUUGUUUCACCAUUGGGGGAAUUUUAGACUUGAUUGCUGGCCUAUGCAUUAUAAUUCCAGUGGCUUGGAAUUUACAUUCAGUUGUAAACAAUUUCAGCAUCUCCUUCCCAAGCACAUACUACAUGCCAACUAAACCAGAAAAACAAGAAAUUGGAGCGGCACUUCCAGUUGGUAUUGUAGCUGCAAUUCUAUUUUUCAUAAGUGGAUGCUGUUUACUUUGUUAUAAGUUGCCACGGGGUCCUGACUCAAAAAUAUUUCCAUACCCCUCAGAGGAUUCCCUUUUCUCUGACCGAUGGAGUGUAGUUUCAUAUGAUCGAUCAAGCGCAAUAAGCAAUGCAUUUACAAAACCUUCAGCACAUCCAAUAAUUAACUGUGAUGGAAUUAAAAAUGAAGCCUUUGAACUAGAUGAAAGACUAUAG